GCGACGAAGCGCCGGAGCGCCGUUUCCCCUCGGCCGGGGGGCGGGGGAGCGGCGGGAGGACCAUGGCUUCUAGCUCGGCGCCGGCUGCCUGGAUCCCGCGGUGAGCCUCGCUUAUGGUGGCUUCCCCCGAGCGGCCAGCCCUGUCCCUCGCUUCUUUCUCCCGCGGUGCCCCCGCGCUUCGUCCGGGCCGGUCCCCCCUUCUUCUUCUGCCAAGCGGAGGGAGCCGGGGCAGGGACUAGGCGGCUGCGAAGCCCCGGUGAAGGAGAGAAGGGAGGAGGAGGAGGAGAAGAAGAAGAAGACGCGGCGCCGGCGGACUCCGUUGGAUGAGUUUCUCCAUGCGAGAACCCGUGAUCCCUGGGACCAGUAUGGCUUACCACCCCUUCCUACCUCACCGGGCGCCGGACUUCCCCAUGAGCGCCGUUUUGGGACACCAACCUCAUUUCUUCCCGGCUUUGGCCUUGCCGCCCAACGGAGCUGCCGCCGCAGCCGCUGCCCUUUCCCUGCCCGGCGCUUUGACCAAGCCGAUCAUGGAUCAACUGAUCGGGGCGGCGGAUUCGGGCCUCCCUUUUUCCACUUUGGGCCACCAAGCCGCGGCUCACUUGCGGCCUUUGAAAACGCUGGAGCCCGAAGAAGACGUGGAAGACGACCCCAAAGUUCACCUGGAAGCCAAAGAACUUUGGGAGCAGUUUCACAAGCGGGGCACCGAGAUGGUGAUCACCAAAUCGGGAAGGAGAAUGUUCCCACCUUUUAAAGUGAGGUGUACAGGUCUGGAUAAAAAGGCGAAAUACAUUUUAUUGAUGGACAUUGUAGCUGCGGAUGACUGUAGAUAUAAAUUCCAUAAUUCGCGGUGGAUGGUGGCUGGGAAAGCCGACCCCGAAAUGCCGAAAAGAAUGUAUAUCCAUCCGGAUAGCCCAGCAACCGGAGAACAGUGGAUGUCAAAAGUGGUCACCUUCCACAAACUGAAACUGACCAACAACAUCUCAGACAAACACGGAUUUACCAUCUUAAACUCUAUGCAUAAAUACCAGCCUCGGUUCCACAUCGUCCGAGCCAACGAUAUCCUGAAGCUACCCUACAGCACAUUCCGCACUUAUGUCUUUCCGGAAACGGAAUUCAUUGCCGUCACAGCCUAUCAGAAUGAUAAGAUCACCCAGUUAAAAAUUGACAACAACCCUUUUGCCAAAGGCUUUCGAGACACAGGGAAUGGAAGGCGAGAAAAGAGAAAACAGCUGACUCUUCAGUCCAUGAGAGUUUACGAUGAGAGGCAGAAAAAAGAAACUUCGGAUGAAUCUUCCAGCGAGCAAACGGCCUUUAAAUGUUUUGCUCAGUCAACAUCUCCGGCUGUAUCUGCAGUGGGUACCUCUAAUCUUAAAGACCUGUGUCCCAGCGAUGGGGAAAGUGACUCGGAGAGCAAAGAGGACCCCAUGGAAGCCAACGAAGUCGGGAAGAUCUCUACCACCACGGCCAACCUCGCCCCCAACAGCAGCUCGUCCUUGGGAGGUGGGGAUGGGACCGAACCCCGAGAAGGAGGGAAGAACAGCCCUUCUUCCAAGGCUCAUCUCUUCCCACCCCCGGACUCGGCCAGCAGCAGGAGCCGUGAGAGCACCUCAAAAAUGCCUCCCGAUUCCCAACAUAGCCCAGCCGCCAUCUCUUCCAGCACCCGGAAUUUGGGCAGCGGAGAAGAACUCAAGAACCAGGAAGAAUGCCGGAUGGUGAACAAAGAACCCUUCGCGCCUUUAACAGUUCAGACGGACAAUCCCGGGCACCUGGCCCAGAGCCACCUGUCCAACCUAACGUUUCCCCACGGCCUGGCCAGCCAACCGUUCUUCAACCCCCUGAGUAAUGGUCAUCCUUUCCUCCUCCACCCGAGCCAGUUUGCCAUGGGUGGAGCUGCUGCUUUCUCGGGCAUGGCCGGCAUGGGACCUUUGCUGGCCACGGUCUCUGGGGCGUCGGCAGGAGUUACUGGUCUAGACAACACGGUGAUGGCCACAGCAGCUGCCCAGGGAUUAAGUGGGGUUUCGGCAGCAGCUGCUGCAGCUGCCUUACCCUUCCAUUUUCAGCAGCACGUCCUGGCUUCUCAGAGCCUAGCGAUGUCUCCCUUCGGCAGCCUCUUCCCCUACCCUUACACCUAUAUGGCGGCGGCGGCGGCAGCCUCGACGGCCAACCCGAUGCACCGGCACCCGCCUUUCCUGAACACCGUGCGCCCUCGCCUGCGGUACAGCCCUUACUCCCUCUCGGUGCCUCUGCCGGACAGCAGCGGCGGCGGCGGCGGCAGCUUGCUCACCACCGCCUUGCCUCCUUCCCUGGCCGGCGGCCCCGAAGGCAAAGCCAGAGCUUUAGCGCCCAGCCCCGGCUUGGGCGUCUUGGAUUCCUCCGGUUCCGAGCUCAACAGCCGCUCUUCCACGAGCAAUUGA